AUGGCGCCUAAGAAGAAGGGAAACAAGAAGCAGCAGGAGGAGGAUUGGGAGGCUGAGCUCGGCGAGUCCGCUCCCACUGUCGAGACCCCGGCCGCUGAUCAGCCCGAGAAUGGUGCUGAUGAUGAGGAGACAAGUGGUGGCGGUGGCCUGAUGGCUGCCCUGCGUAAGAGCAAGGCCAAGAAGGCGAAGAAGGGAAAGUCCACCAACGACUUUGUCGAGGGUGAAGAUCCCGUCAAUGACCUCGCUAGCAAGCAACCUGAGGAAGGUAAUUUCGACGAGGACGAUGUGUUCGCUGGAAAGCCCAAAAAGCCCAUCAAGGAAGUCGCUGCACCUGCAGAACCUGCUCAGGAUGACGGAGAAUUCCGCGUGAAGUCUAAGAAGGAGAAGGAAAGAGAAAAGAAAGAACGUGAGAAAGCCCGCAAGAAGGAACAGGCUGCUUCUAAGAAGAAGGCCGCUCCUGCUCCCCAGAAGGAGGCACCGACCAAAGCCGUCGAGGCUAAGAUUGAAGAGGCCGUUGCUCCUGCUGCGACUGCCGGCAAGAAGAAGAAGCUCCCCCCUCACCUGGCUGCUCUUCAGAAGCAACAAGAGGCUCUGCGGAAACAGCGGGAAGAAGAGGAGCGACUCCUGGCUGAAGAAAAGGCUGCUGCUGAGGAGCGCAAGCGCCUGGAAGAAGAGGAAGAAGCGAAACUUGAGGCAGCUCGUGCAAAGAAGAGAGAAAAGGAACGUGAAAAGAAGGAGCAGCUGCGCCGAGAGGGUAAGCUUCUCACAAAGGCCCAAAAGGAGGCCCAGACACGAAAUGAGCUGCGCAUGAAGCAGAUGCUUGCAGCUGGUAGUAAGGUCGCCGGUCUUGAAGAAGGCAGCACCGAGAAGAAGCGCCCUGUUUACGAAAACCGCAAGAAGAAGGGUGGUAAGAAGCAGGAAGAUGUUGACCUUGAAGCUGCCGCCGAGCGAGCUCGUGCCCAGCGUGAAGCUGAAGAUAAACGCCGGAAAGAAGCCGAAGAGAAGGCCAAGGCCGCGGCUGCUGCCGCCGCCGCUCCGGCUGCGGAAGAGGAAGAUGCCGUUGAUGACUGGGAAAAGGCUGCGGAAGACGAUGACGAUGUUAAGGACAGCUGGGACGCUCCCACAGAUGACGAAGAGGAGAAGAAGCCUGCUACUGCUGCUGCCUCUGAAGAUAAGAAGGCUGCCGAAGACUCAGACUCGGAAGAUGAUUCGGAUGAUGAUUCAUCUUCUGAAGAAGACUCCGAAGAUGAAGAGCAAUCGGCGAACCAAAGAGCCAUUGCACAGAGAAAGGCCGAGGCUGCUGAGCGAAGAAAGAAGCAGCACGAGGAGGCAUUGGCAGCUCGUUCGAAGGACAACCUGCGUUCUCCUAUUUGCUGUAUUCUGGGACACGUCGAUACCGGAAAGACCAAGCUUCUGGACAAGAUUCGUCAAACCAACGUUCAGGAAGGUGAAGCUGGUGGUAUUACUCAGCAGAUUGGUGCUACUUACUUCCCCGUUGAAGCCCUGGAGCAGAAGACCGCCGUUGUGAACAAGGAUGGUAAAUUCGAGUUCAAGAUUCCUGGUCUUCUGGUUAUUGAUACCCCUGGUCACGAGUCCUUCUCCAAUCUGCGUUCAAGAGGUUCAUCUCUUUGCAAUAUUGCUAUUCUGGUCGUUGAUAUCAUGCACGGUCUCGAGCCUCAGACUCUCGAAUCGAUGCGUUUGCUGCGUGACCGCAAGACUCCCUUCAUCGUCGCAUUGAACAAGAUCGAUCGUCUAUACGGCUGGAAGAAGAUCGAUAACAACGGUUUUGAGGACAGUCUGGCGAUGCAGAGUAAGGGUGUCCAGAACGAGUUCCGUACUCGUCUGGAGACUACCAAGCUCGCUUUCGCCGAACAGGGUUUCAACUCCGAGCUGUUCUUCGAGAACAAAUCCAUGGCCCGCAAUGUUUCCCUAGUACCUACCUCCGCUCACACUGGUGAGGGUAUUCCCGACAUGCUCAAGUUGUUGACUACUCUGAGUCAGGAGCGUAUGACCAACUCUCUGAUGUACCUUUCCGAGGUUGAGUGUACUGUUCUGGAAGUAAAGGUCAUUGAGGGUCUCGGUACCACUAUUGAUGUGAUUUUGUCCAACGGUAUCCUUCGUGAGGGUGACCGGAUUGUGCUUUGUGGUCUGAAUGGACCUAUCUCAACAAAUAUUCGAGCACUGUUGACGCCGGCACCGCUUAAGGAGCUGCGUCUGAAGUCUCAGUACGUGCAUAACAAGGAGGUCAAGGCUGCUCUUGGUGUUAAGAUUGCCGCUAACGACUUGGAGCAUGCCAUCGCCGGUUCCCGUCUGCUUAUUGUUGGACCCGACGAUGACGAAGAGGAUAUUGAGGAAGAAGUCAUGACCGAUCUGGAGAACCUCCUGAGCCGUGUCGCUACCGAUAACCGUGGUGUUACCGUACAGGCUUCCACUCUGGGUUCCCUGGAGGCUCUUCUGGAGUUCCUGAAGGUCUCCAAGAUCCCUGUGGCCAACAUUUCCAUUGGUCCCGUUUACAAGCGUGAUGUGAUUAUGGCCGGAACGAUGUUGGAGAAGGCCAAGGAGUAUGCUGUCAUGCUGUGCUUCGACGUCAAGGUCGACAAAGAUGCUGCAGCAUACGCCGCUGAUGUCGGUGUGAAGAUUUUCACUGCGGAUAUUAUCUACCACCUGUUCGAUGAUUUCACAAAGCAUAUGGCUGAGAUUACCGAGCAGCGCAAAGAGGAGAGCAAGCUACUUGCUGUUUUCCCCUGUGUUAUUGAGCCGGUUGCUGUGUUCAACAAGAAGGAUCCUAUUGUUAUUGGUAUUGAUGUUCUUGAUGGAAGCUUGCGACUGCACACCCCUCUGGCUGCCGUCCGCACCAAUGCCACUGGUGGCAAGGAGAUUGUGCACCUUGGUAGAGUUACAUCCAUUGAGCGUGACCACAAGGCUAUCCCAGUCUGCAAAAAGGGUCAGCCCUCUGUUGCCGUCAAGAUUGAAGGUCCCAAUCAGCCCAUGUACGGCCGCCAGUUGGAAGAGAAGGACUUGUUGUACUCAGCAAUUUCCCGCGCUAGUAUCGACACUCUCAAAGAGUUCUACCGUCCUGAGGUCUCCAUGGACGAAUGGGCCUUGGUCAAGAAGCUCAAGCCUGUCUUUGACAUUCCUUGA